GGAAAGAGACCGUAAUUGUUAGAAAACCAGGACAUCCACGAGCUUAAAGUGUCGAAAAAUUCAACUAGUGUAGGUAUAGAAGUUUUGUUUGAAACUCUGACCUCUUUUUGCCUAGAACGAUUCAUUUCCGGAGGUAUUCUGGAGAUAUCAGGAUCACAGAUCACGAUUAGAGGGAGUUCCAGUUUCUCGAGAUUUUCAAAAGUUGGUGAAUUGGAAAGUUUUCAAUAACGUCAUAGUCCUAUAGAACAGCGUAAUUGUGUUCCUUCCCAAGUUUCCUAUCAAUUGAAAGAAUCCUGGUUUGAUACUAUUACUUAUUCCUCAGUAAUUACUCAGCGUUCUUACGAAGAAUUCAAUCUUAUCUUAUACCUCGUUAAUUCGCUUUUCGUUAAUCCAUUUUCGUUUGUCUAUAGUUUCGUCUCAAAGUUCAUAUUUUAUUACAUUUUGAUUCUUAUAUUGAAAUGUCAGAAUUAUCCUCCGAACAUCAAGAGCUUGUCGAUCAAUUUAAAGCUAUAGCGGGCUUGGAAGAUUCAGAGAACGACAAUAAAGUCUUCCAAUUGUUGACCAUCAAUGAUUUCAAUCUCAACAACGCCAUCUCGUUCUACUUUGACUCGGGGUUUGAAUCGAUAGAGCAGAGUAGGGCGAGAGCUGCGAAUAAUGUCCAUGAUGAACAGCAACUGGAAUUGCAUAGUAGAAGGGAACGUCGUCAGAGCCAAGACAAUGUCGUCAAUCUUCAGCAUCAACUCUUUGUGGAUAACUUCAUUCCACGUUUGCCCAAGGCUCCCAGAAUAGCCAAUGGCUGGCAGUUGGACGUCGGAAUUCACACCUCUAUUAUUGAAGAGAGAGAAAGAGAAAAGUUGAAACUUCAGGCAACUGAAAGCUCAUCGAUUUCAUCUGCCACAACGGAAGUUCAAUCAAGAGAAGAAAUUUCGGAUAAGGAAAAGUACAAUCAAGAAAAGCUGUCAUCUCCUCUUGGAGCCCUCUGGAUCAUUCUCUUGCUUGUUCCCAAAACGUUACUUCAAUUGCUCGUGUCAGCAUUCAAGCAUCUUUUUGGAUUUACAUCUACGACCUCAUUAAAGGGAUUUCGUGAUUCCGGCAGAGUACCCAAAUCGUUCAACUACGAGCACUUCAAACCUGACUUCAAUUUUGCUUCGUGGUUGACAUCUGAAUUACUCAAACCCAGCUCAAGCGAAUUUGAAGACGACGAUAAACAGAUUAUCUUGGAUAACUUCAACAUUCACACCACCAAUUUCAAUGAAGUACACGAGUCUGCCCAAAAGAAAUUUACGUGGGUCUAUGUGAUAUUAAUUAACGAUACAGAGGAAGCUAAGCUGUUUCUCUUUUCAAUGCUUAAAAGUCCAUUUUUCAACAAACUAUUCAACAAAGAAAACGGAAUGUUCAAGGAGACUCUUAUAUACAUUAAUAACGUCGAUGAGAAUCCCGAGUCUCUCGAGUUGGCACACACUUACAAGGUCAAGAGAAUUCCGUAUGUGAUGUUGGUUGGAAAUAUCUCUGCCAGUCCCCAGGUAUUGUCGUCGAUGUCGAUCUUAUUUAAGUCGAAUUUGGCACAGCCCUUUUUGAGAACCCCAGAGGAGUGUGAAUCCACAUCCAAAAAGGUCCUCAAGAAUACAGGAAAAUUAUUAGAAAAGUAUGACCCACAAUUGAUCAGCUCCAGAUUCGACCAGCAAGAAAUCGAGUUUGCCAGAUUGAUCAAACAACAACAGGAUGACGCAUAUUUGCAGUCUUUGGAACUUGACAAGCAAAAGAAACUCCAGAAAGAAAAAGAGGCCCAAACUAAGUUGGAUGAGCAGAAUACGUUAGCAUUACAAAAAUACUUCUUGUUGUUUUUAUUCUCCAGCGAUUACAGAGCGGAGAUCACCGGCGGAGCUGACAGAAGUCGUAUCGCCAUCAAGUUGCCAGAUGGUAGAAGAAUCGUUGAAGCAUUCAACAAAUCCAUUUCUGUAUCGGAACUCUAUCUUUAUAUCGAAGUGAAGUUGUUCAUUGACAAGUUGAUAGACGAGGAUGGAGAAUUAAACAAUGAAGAUGAUUUAAAAGACAGCAUCCACACAAUCAUGGAAGAUCUUACGAUUGAUUCGUUUUCGAGAGAAAUGUACUUCGAAAAGUAUUCGUUUAAGUUCGAAGUGAUCCAGCCGUAUCCCAAGAAGGUUGUUACGGUUGGAGAUGAAGCUAUCGAAAAGGUUCCUGAGUUGAAGUCUGGAGCCAACUUGUUGGUAGAGUACAACGAAGAAGAGGACUCUGAGGAGGAGUAAAAGUAUAUAGCUCAGAUAUAAAAUAUACCCUUUGUGCUAUGGAC